AUGCAAGCUAUACGGCUGAAUAGUUUGGAAAACCGUCGAUUGCAAAUUCAAAUCAAAGCUAUGCGUGAAGAUUUACAAACGUACCUUACUCGAUUACAUCGAGAAGAGCAAGGUUUGAAAUACCAUUUUAAAAAUGUAGUUCGGGUGAUUAAACCGAAUCCAGCAUAUCAACGAUGGAAACAAGCACACAUGCAGGAAAUAGCACAAGAGGAAACGAAAGAUCUAAUCGAAUCGAUCAAAAUGAGGGCAAGAAUCAAUUCAAUCAGUGGCGAACGAUCUACUUCUUCUUCAUCAAAUAAAGCUCCAACAGAACCCGUCCGACCUAUGCUUUUACUAGUUGAUCACGAUGAUGAAAAACACAACGAUUCUAACAAUGGUAAAAGCAAGCACUUACUUCGACCACGUACAACACCAGUUCAAAAACGUUCCACUACUCAAUCUCGAACGAAUCCUUUGAUAGCUCUGCUUGACGGAUAUCCGAGUAAUUCGAAUCCUGCUUGUCAAUCACAGUCGCCACCCUAUCUAUUUGACUCUCCUUCGUUUAACUCAUCAAUAGGUACCAUGGGUUCACGCAGAUUGUUUCCCAGUAAAUUACUCGAUCAACAAAAAUCAGCGAAUAUCGAUGUUGUCUAUCGAAUCGCUUUGCAAAAUCAGAUCGCGUUCAAAGAAAUUGACCAGAAAGUUAUCGAAGAACGUAAAUUACAAGACAGAGACUUUGCUUUACAGCAUCGUGCACUCAAAGGCAGCAUACGAAUGGCUCGUCUUAUAAAUAAAAUUAACUAG